AUGACCCGUUGCCCCAGUAACGGAUGGCGUUGCAUCAGCAUCCGCAGCAUCAGCAGUAGCAUCAGUCAUCCAGCGGCAACUGUCAAGGUCGCCAGCGAGAGCUUGUGGAAGAGGCGAAAUAAAAGAGAAAAGGGGGGAGGCACCGCUUCCAAAACCCGACUGCAGCAGCUCAGCGAGGGCUUCCUUUGCUUCGCCCGGCCCGGUAGUCACGACAGACUCCAGGAAAAGCAGGUAACAGGUUAUCUCCUGUUUUCUCUGGCCACGGCUGUCAUUGGCUCUCUGCAGUUUGGUUACAACACGGGAGUCAUCAAUGCUCCAGAGCAGAAACUGCGAUCUUUCUUCAAUGCUACCUGGGUGGAGCGUUACGGCGAGUCCAUCAGCCCGGGGAUGUGUACCAUCGUCUGGAGUGUUGCUGUCGCCAUAUUUAGUGUGGGCGGUAUGGUGGGCUCCUUCAGUGUGGGCGUCAUGGCGAACCGAUUUGGCAGGCGUCGCUCCAUGUUCCUGGUGAACUCUCUUGCGGUGAUCGGUGGCCUCCUCAUGGGCUUCUCCACCAUCUGCUCCUCCUACGAGAUGGUGAUCGCCGGUCGCCUGGUCAUCGGCCUGUUCUGCGGCCUCUUCACAGGCCUGACUCCCAUGUAUGUGGGCGAGGUGUCGCCCACUCCCCUCAGAGGAGCUUUUGGCACCCUGCACCAGCUCGGUGUGGUGGUGGGCAUCCUGAUCGCUCAGGUCUUUGGUCUGGAGUCUCUGCUGGGCUCUGACAAGCUGUGGCCCCUGCUGCUGGCCCUCACUGUGGCCCCUGCUGUGCUGCAGUGCUCCCUGCUGCCCUUCUGUCCUGAGAGCCCCCGUUUCCUGCUCAUCAACCUCAAACAGGAGGAGCAGGCGCGCAAAGCACUGGUGCGUCUGCGUGGCAGCGAAGACGUAAGCAAAGAUCUGCAGGAGAUGAAGGAGGAGAGCGUGAAGAUGGCCAUGGAGAAGAAGGUGACCAUCCCCGAGCUUUUCCGCUCUGCGACGUACCGACAGCCUCUGCUCAUCGCCAUCAUGCUGCAGCUCUCCCAGCAGCUGUCCGGGAUCAACGCUGUGUUCUACUACUCGACAGGGAUCUUUUCCUCAGCUGGUGUGAAGCAGCCCAUCUACGCCACCAUCGGAGCCGGCAUCGUAAACACAGUCUUCACUAUUGUUUCUCUCUUCCUGGUGGAGAAGGCAGGACGAAGGACUCUGCACCUCCUGGGGUUGGGGGGAAUGGCGGUCAGCGCUCUGGUCAUGACCAUCUCCCUCCUGCUGAAGGACAUUGCUGUUAUGAGCUACGUGGCCAUCAUGGCUGUCAUGCUGUUUGUGGCUAUGUUUGAGCUGGGCCCCGGUCCAAUCCCAUGGUUCAUUGUGGCCGAGCUCUUCUCCCAGGGGCCCCGCCCGGCAGCGAUGGCUGUGGCCGGGUGCUGCAAUUGGACAGCCAACUUCCUGGUUGGAAUGAGUUUCCCCAAACUAGUGGAGUGGUGCGGGCCAUGGGUCUUCCUCAUCUUCACUGCCUUCCUCAUCAUCUUUUUCAUCUUCACCUUCAUUAAAGUCCCGGAGACGAAGGGCAAGACCUUCGAAGAGAUCUCCCGCAGCUUCGGCAGCGCCCCACCUGCCCCCGCCUCGUCUGCCGAGGACCCUCCUGCCGGUGCCAGCACUGCUGUGACGCUUCCCGCCUCGCCGGUGAAGGAGAAGGUCCCGCUGGUGGAGGCUCCGGCAGCCGCCCCGCCUCCUCCUGCUGAAACCACACCUCUGGAGGACAAAUCAAACUCGACAGUACAGGAAAGUGUGUAG